AAAAUUGCAGGGUUUCAAUUUUUUAUCUGCCCAAAAACAUAACCAGCAAUCAUUAUACGCCUAAUUAAUAAUAUAGAAUUUAACUUUUGGGCAUAAGACUAUAUUACUCGCGCGACAACGUAUCUUGGCUCGUGUAUUUAUGCAUUAUUCUUAUUUUUAUGCUUCCAUUCUAUUUUGGACUAUAAUUAAUAUACUGCAUUUAAUACUAGUGCGUAUUUUCGGAGAGAGUUAUAGCAUGCUAUUACGAUGCGCUGGAGUUCAGGUAUCCUACCUGAAAAUCACGUGGUCUUUUAACCAAUCCAAAGACAUCGAAUACCCAACCCACUUAGGUACCCCAAGUUAUCUCAAAUUUUUUCGUAUCUACUUUGUGGCCGGAGCAGUGUUCGCUGUCAUAGCUAUGUUUUCUGCUUACAUCGUUCUUUUCUACAACAUCUAUCUUAAUUUGUUCUUUAAGCCUAUCCCUCUCGGUGCCGCUUCUGCCAUUCGUCCCAUAUUACCAGGAACGCCUGCCUUACCUUGGUCCCACACCCCUCACAUUAUCUUGAGUUUGAUCUUGUCGACCGUCUUUCACGAAUACGGUCAUAUUUUAGCGGCUAAUAGAAUGAACAUCAGGGUGGAAAAGAUUGGCUUUUUCCUUUUUUGGAUUUUUCCAGGUGCGUACGUAAAGCUAGACGAAUCGCAUCUACUGAACGCUAAAUCUAGCACUCGUCUAUACGUAUCCUCGGCUGGCGUUUGGCAUAAUUUAUUGUUAGCAGGUCUCUCCUGGACUUUCGUUAAAUUAUGCCCUUUUUUAUUUACCAUGGGUUAUCACCAUAACAGCGGAAUUAUAGUGACUUAUAUCAAACCAAAUUCACAUUUAUCUGGCCCUCUGGGUAUACAGCUCAACACUCCAAUUACGAAUAUAAAUGGAUGCCCUAUCGAAAAUUAUGACACAUGGCUUAAAUGCAUCAAUUAUAUUUCUCAAGGUCCUCAGAUUGGAUAUUGCAUCAAUUUGAAGCAUCUGACCAAAUUAAAUUAUAACAAAGACUUAUCUCAUCAAUGUUGUCAGAUUAAGGAUGACGCCGAUAAUAUCGCGAAUUCUCAAAACGCAUCGUCUCAAAUUUGUUAUGCCUAUCAAGAUAAAAGAGACGCGUUUUCACUGAGUCCCGAAUCAUCCUCCUCUAAUCGUAAACUUUUUUUGUGUCUUCCUGCUAGAUGGGUUGCGAUCCGAUAUCCAUUUUGCCACGAGAAAAAUGAUUGUUACAAUUACGAUUCCAAUAUUGAAUGCGCUAUACCUUACUAUCACCAUUCGAUGUCAAAUACCACUACGUACGAUGUUUAUAACACCUCCUUAAAGCUAAAAACAUUUUUCCACAUAACACAAACCAAUCGAAACUCGGUCUUGUACGAAUCAUCAUCAACUUACGAAAUUUUGACUACCCUUUCAAUCAGCGAUUGGAUACCUAAAUGUCCCCUUUUCCCGGUGUUUUUACCCAUGCUUAUGACCAUUUUUCUAGUUUACGGCGUUUCAGUUAAUCUCACUUUAGCUCUCUUGAAUGCUAUUCCCUUCGUUUGCGUCUUGGAUGGACGCCUUAUAUUACGGUGCCUUUUGGAUUGUUUCGAAAUUAGAUUUUUAUUUUCGGACAACAGGGACGGAGAAAGAAAUUUUAUCUCUCUAAAAAAUAUGGUAUUUAAAAUAUUGACUACUUCUGGAACAAUCUUAUUGAUCUGCAGCUUAUUUAUUACUUAUAAAAAUCAUAUAUAA